AUGAGCGCCCACGUCGUGGUGAUCGACGCGACAGCCCGGCGGGCAACGAUCAAGGCCACACCAGGCAAACACUUGACAGAUAUUCUACAAGAAGCUUGUUCAAAGCUUGGCUACAACGCUAGCCAAUAUGGCCUGAAACACAGCCGCAAACAACUAGACCUCUCUCUUUCCUUCCGCCUCUCCGGCCUCAGCUCCGGGGCAAAGCUAGAGCUUGUUCAGCUAUCUCGCUCUCCUUCUAUUGUCACGGUCGCGCUACAACUUCCCGAAUCAGAGGCUCGCGGGGCUCCAAACGGGCGCAUAUUGGACAAGUUCCCAAGCUCGACUACGUUAUGGCUGGUAUUGCGCAAGUUUGAGGCUGGAGUAGCAGGCAGUGGCCCAGCUAGGAAUCUCACUGCGCGCGGUGUUCCCUCCACUACUACUGGCAACUCUGGUGCUGGGCGGCUAUUCUACGAGAUCCCCGUUCUCCAGGUCUUGGGGCGCGAGCUCUCAAGCUUCACGGACCUUCAGAAAACACUUGCUCAACUGGGAUUCAAUAGUGGAAAUGUGCUCAUGCGACUAAGUUUCCGGCGGACAGAGGAGCCUCUGGAAGAAGCAAUGACGAAGAUUGCUGAAUACUUCACGUCAUCCGAGGACGAGAUCCCAGCUGCAAAGCCAGGCCAGGCCUCCGCUCCUCCUACUGGAGAGGGGACCCUUGGUGAGCUCCAAGACCAGGCAGCCAUACUUACACCGCCGGGGGCCAUUGAUGGACAGGCUGUUCCUGGCGCUACUGGGCAGGAGCUUGCAAGCUCCGUCUCCGAGCAAGCUACGCCAACAUUAACUGCUGGUCGUGCCGUCACAGUCUUUUCCCCUCCCACUAGCGAUACACCGUCCUCCGCCCAAAUAACCCAUAACGAAGAAGACUACAUUCCCUCCGUUGAGCAUGCAAAAGCUCAUCAGCGGCUUCUCAACGAAGCCUCGCGCAACAAACGCCUCCUCACAGAUGCCGAAAUCGCCGCGAAGGCUGCAGCGGAAGAAGCGCGCCGGUCAGAGGUUCGCCAGGUAGACGUGAAAGUCCGCUUCCCGGAUCAGAGUCAGGUGGUCGCCAAAUUCGGGCCUAGAGACUCCGGAUUGACACUUUACGGAUUCGUUCGCAGUUGUCUUGCGCCUCCAUUCUCCGCAGAGAAGUUCACUUUGAAUGUUUUCUCUAGCCCGAAUGCUGUUCGAUCGGCGCAUGCAAAUACAAUCCCCGAGUCAGAUCAGUCACUAUUGAUCAAGGACCUUGGCCUGGCCGGGCGAGUACUGGUCAAUUUCUCGUGGUCUGAUAUGUCCACCGCUACUGAGCGCCGAUCGAACCUCCUGCGUCCAGAGCUACGCAGCCAGGCUCAAGAACUCAAGGUCGAGCAGCCCCCCGAGCUGGUAGAGGAGACCUCUGCUUCUGCGUCGACAAAGACAGAACCAACUGGUGCUCACGAUGGGGGCAAGCCUGGCGGAGCUCGGAAGCCUGGUGCCAUGCCCAAGUGGCUUAAGCUGCCCGGGAAGAAAUGA